AUGCACCUCCUGCUCAUUCGUCAUGGCGAUGCAGGUUCUCGCGACGCGCCUUUGACGAAUCAUGGCGUCGUACAGACCAAGCGGCUGGGCGCUCACCUCGUCUCCCGUCGCUCGACCAUAGGGCCGAUCAGGCACAUCUUUGCCUCGAAUCUUCAAAGAGCCUACAAUACGGCCGGUGCGAUUGUCGAAGCUCAACAGUCGUUGCUUAGCAAGGAGCUUGCACCUAUCCCUUUGCUGGAGGUGGUGCAGCUGCCAGAGCUUCGGGAGAAGGACUUUGGCUCUUCCGAGGGCGUCAAUAUCGGGAGUCGCGAGGGCGAUGGUGGUCCUGCUCACACUGACUCGGAAUCCCGUGAUGCCAUGAAAGCUCGGAUCGACCGCUUUUUGGCCUCGCAUUUGCUGCCGGUCGUUGACAAACAUGCCACUGAAAACGUGGCUGUCGUCAUAGUCGCGCACGGCAUCAUUCUCAACGUGCUGCUGAGAGCUCUUCUUGCACGUGGUACACCGAAACCCAUCUUGUCACAACCCCAACCUACCGUCAAUGAGGCGGGCGGCUCGGAGUAUCUUGCUGCAUGGAGCAAUACAGGCGUCCUUCAGGCAAAGGUCACGACUGUAGACUCAGUGUCGCUCGACCCUCAUGCCGAAGCUGGAACAUCUGACCAGGGACCAGUGGUCGCUGGCCUCGCCGAGAGUAGUCCCGGCGCUGAUCCACCCAACGGAUUCUUUCAAGUCAGAUUUCACCUCACAAUCCAGCUCACCAAUGACAUCGAUCACCUCAAGGGUCUGAAGAAGACCAGAGGCGGCAUUGGGAGUGCCAAGUUCGACCCGAAGCAACGUACCGUGGAUUUAUUCUUCGGUUCCGGCUCUAAGAAGCGGAAGCUAGAAGAGUCCAACAAGGAGUGA